AUGGCUUCACGCCUUUCCUGCUCUCUGUCUCGUUCCCUUCACUCUUCCUAUGCUUCUUCCCCACCACGUUUCUUAUACCCUUUCUGCCUAAACCACCGGAACCCAGUUUCCUUUUCCAAUUCUAACCCCAAACAUCUCAACAAAUCCCCGCUUUGUCCUCUCUGGUCUUCUUCUUUCUCACUCUGCUUGAAUACUCUUCACUGGUCAACCACCCCCACCGCCACCGCCACCGCCACUAAGUCAACCACCGCCGUCCGAUCGUUCGCCUCCGCUAAUUCCACCGCCUCCGAAAGAAUGGCCGCCGACGGUUCUAAUGAUAACCCGCUGUUGAAGGAUUUUGAUUUUCCCCCGUUCGAUGCUAUUGAAGCUUCUCAUGUUCGACCCGGCAUCCGUGCUUUGUUGAAGCGACUGGAAGAGGAAUUGGAGGAACUCGAGCGUACCGUGGAGCCUACGUGGCCAAAAUUGGUGGAGCCUCUGGAAAAGAUCGUCGACCGAUUGAGUGUGGUCUGGGGAGCUGUUAAUCAUCUGAAGUCGGUGAAAGAUACUGCCGAACUUCGGGCAGCUAUUGAAGAAGUGCAGCCGGAAAAAGUUGCAUUAGAGCUGAAAUUGGGUCAGAGUAAGCCCAUCUAUAAUGCAUUUAAAGCUAUCCGAGAUUCUCCUAGUUGGGAUUCCCUGAGUGAUGCUCGAAAGAGAAUUGUUGAAUCAAAUAUAAAGGAGGCUGUUUUGAGUGGUAUUGCUCUCGAAGAUGAUAAGAGAGACCAAUUUAACAAGAUUCAACAGGACUUGGCAAAGUUGUCUCAAAAGUUUGAGGAGAAUGUUUUGGAUGGCACAAAAAAAUAUGAAAAGUUAAUUACGGAUAAGAAGGAUGUAGAUGGAUUGCCAGCUACAGCUCUUGGUUUGGCUGCCCAAACAGCAGUGUCUAAGGGACAUGAAAAUGCUACUGCUGAAAAUGGGCCGUGGGUUAUUACAUUGGAUGCUCCAAGUUUUACAUCAGUUAUCCAACAUGCUAAAAACCGGAGCUUGAGGGAGGAAGUUUAUCGUGCUUAUGUGACGCGUGCAUCAAGUGGAGAUUUGGAUAACACAGCUAUAAUUGAUCAAAUUUUAAAGCUUCGGUUAGAAAAGGCUAGGCUUCUUGGUUAUAACAAUUACGCUGAGGUAAGCAUGGCAACCAAGAUGGCUACAGUUGAGAAGGCACUAGAACUCCUUGAAAAGCUUCGAACAGCUUCCUGGGAUCCUGCGGUUCAAGAUAUGGAAGACCUUAAGCAAUUCUCUAAAAGUCAAGGUGCUCCAGAAGCUGAUGAGUUGAAACAUUGGGAUGUCGGUUUUUGGAGCGAGAGACUUCGUGAGUCAAAAUAUGAAAUUAAUGAGGAGGAACUUCGCCCAUACUUUUCUUUGCCCAAAGUUAUGGAUGGUCUUUUCAACCUUGCCAAGACACUGUUUGGCAUCAAUAUUGAGGCUGCUGAUGGAUUAGCUCCAGUUUGGAAUAAUGAUGUCCGAUUUUAUCGUGUGAAUGAUUCAUCUGGUUCUCCCAUUGCAUAUUUUUAUUUUGAUCCCUAUUCUCGGCCAUCUGAAAAACGUGGAGGUGCUUGGAUGGAUGAAGUUAUUGGCCGGAGUCGUGUUUUGUCUCGUGAUGGUGCCUCUCCUAGGCUACCUGUUGCGCACAUGGUGUGCAAUCAGAUGCCUCCUGUGGGCGACAAACCCAGCCUUAUGACAUUCCGUGAGGUGGAGACUGUGUUCCAUGAAUUUGGCCAUGCCCUUCAGCACAUGCUUACAAAACAAGAUGAGGGUUUGGUUGCUGGUAUUAGGAAUGUUGAAUGGGAUGCUGUGGAACUUCCCUCCCAAUUCAUGGAAAAUUGGUGCUAUCAUAGGGAUACCUUAAUGAGCAUUGCCAAGCAUUAUGAAUCUGGAGAGAAUCUACCUGAAGACAUUUACAAAAAACUUCUUGCUGCUAGAACUUUCCGUGCUGGCUCUCUUAGUCUCCGUCAGUUGAAAUUUGCAACUCUUGAUCUUGAGUUGCACACUAAGUAUGUCCCCGGCAGUUCAGAAUCAAUUUAUGAUGUUGACCGUAGGAUCUCAGAGAAAACUUCUGUGCUUCCUCCACUUCCAGAGGAUCGAUUCCUUUGCAGUUUCAGCCACAUAUUUGCUGGUGGAUAUGCAGCUGGAUACUAUAGCUAUAAGUGGGCGGAGGUACUGUCAGCGGAUGCUUUCUCGGCAUUUGAAGAUGUUGGACUAAAUGAUGAAAAGGCAGUGAAAGAUACUGGGAAGAGGUUCCGGGAAACUAUACUUGCUCUUGGUGGUGGAAAAGCUCCACUAGAGGUUUUUGUGGAAUUCAGAGGCAGAGAACCCUCACCAGAGGCGCUGCUUAGGCACAACGGGUUGUUGGCAGCUGCAGCCACAGCAUGA